AAUGCAGUCUAGGCAGGCAGAUCACUAUGCUUUGGGACACCGCCAUUAACAGCGGAUGGUGGUGUUACGUAAACUCCAUGGCAAAUGUGUUUGUGUCAGUUCUGCAUGAGUCUGCUCUAUUCCAGGUGUUCUCCUCAGGAUGACAGUACUAUGAGCUUCCCAUGUAUCCACGAGAGAAACAAAAGCGGACCAGCAGUGUGUUACCAAUAAAGUAUGUCAUUUAAAUCCACGACACCACUAAAGGUUUUUCUUGACAGUGUGUGAUGACCCAUGCACGGCAGAGGAACUCUUUAUGUGGAUAUAAGAGUGAAUCUGCGGACCAGGUGAGCUGUCAGACAACUAUGGACAGAACUUGGCCAGAAAAGAAGGCUAAAACAUGCUCUACCCAAAGAAGAAAAGUUAAGGAAAUAAAAGGGAAAACCACCAAGAGAGACCGGAAGCUGUACCCCCUCAGGGGACGACAUGGAUUGGGUGAAGUGAGCGCGCUUAACUGCUGUGUCGUACUGACGCGCUUGGACGAGAGCGAAACGUGUAGGAACAACAUGAAGGCCAAGGUGAAGGAAAUGCAGGGGAAGGCGAAAAUCUGCAAGUGUCGCAAGAAAGCCUGUAAGAUUUGCCGGUCAGCGCCUGAACCAAAAAGCAAAGUGAAACCAGAUAAAUCUGCCUUAUACACAGAAUUCAUCCCCGAACCUCGCCAGAGACGGCUGGCCUCUCUGAAUGCAGAGGCCGUUAACAGUCUGCUGUUAGACAGAGAGGACCCCCAAAAGACAUCAAAACUCUCAAAGAAGCAGCAACAGAAAAAAGGAGACACUUCUCUUUCUAAAGACACAACGAAAGAUAAUGAUUGUUCCAGAAAAGCCCAAGAUAACCGAAAAUGCACGUGUAUCGGAGAGACCGAACAAUGUCGAAACCCCAAAAAAGCGAAGGCGGAAGCCGACACUAUUGAUCUCCUGACUCUAAACAGUCCUGCUCCCAAGCGCCUGGCUGGUUUAAAUGCGGCCGCCCUGCUCAAGCUGACCAGCACGUCCUCUGGAGUUAAGCGCAAAGGUAAAACAGAUGGCAAACCGAGCGGUGGAGGGGUGCGAGGGAAACAGCUACAGUCUAAAUCGCGUAAACAGCAGCACAACUUGGCCUGUCAGUCCAAGUUAAAAGUAGCGCAGCAAUGCUGCAGCCUCUGUGAGAAGCAAGCCCUCCACUCCGAGGCAUUGUGGGACGGGAGCACAGGAAGCCAUGGCUUUAUUAGCCCCGGAUAUCAGUGCAGAUCCAUGCUUGGCUUUCCCCUGAAGCCUGUGAAGGAAGAGAAAACAGAGACUGAUGUGAAAUCAUAUUACUGCUGUUCCCAGGAGAGAUCAGUGGAGUACUGCCAUAGACUAGCCUUGUUCCUCGGCCAGAAAAGCUACCCGGAAACCGAUGAACAUUCUCUGAAGGGAUUUCUUCCUUCUUCUCACACCCUGACGCAUCCAGCGAUGCCUAUCGGUGCCCAUUCCUAUCCAUGUUACCCUGGGUACUAUGUCCACAUUGCCCAUCACGGGACUCCGGCGCAUCCUGUAAGCUCAAAUCCAGGAAGCCACACGCCCUCGUCAGUACCCCAGCUGGCGAUGUGCACUAGCGGGGUCCAGAGACCAAAAUUGCUACCCUCUUCAGUUUCCCAUACCACAGGGAUCCCUCAUCCGGCAUACUGUAACUCUGUGGGCACCUGCUACGGAGAAGCCUGCAGGCUCAACAGCUAUGCCUACAGACCCACGCAACCCAUCGCUAGCAGGGGCUGCUCGUACAACGCAGGAUGCUCCAGCUGCAUGCACAAAAUGGAAAAAGAAGACUACUCUUACCCUCUGGAUGACCACAGCUCAUCCAUCACGAUGCCUUCUGCCCUGCCUCUGUCCAUCUGCCCCAUCUCCAGUGUGCCUCCAUCCACCCAGUCAGUGCCCCACCUGCAGACGCCUCUUCCCGAUGCCAGUCGACCCCAGGUGCAGAUUAGAGUGGGGCGGGAAUGCCCUCAGAGCGCCAAGCCGCCCAGUGGCUCUCGUUCUGGGGUGCGGGACUCUGCUGUUUGCCCCCAUAUUAAGGAUGGCCAGCUGGGAGCAGGCCAUGGCAGCGGCUCUGCCAAGCAGCCUAAGAUCAGUCGUCGCCGGGCAACAAACGGCUGGAUGCCUGUUGGUGUGGCAACAGAAAAGGAAGUAUUUAUCGUGGGUGAGGAAUCAACAUCCCUGCGCAGGUGCUAUGAAGGAGUGCAGAGAGAUGGAGAGGUGAUCAGGGUCAGAGACGCCGUGCUACUGCGCUCAGGUCCCAGGAAGAAGUCAUUGCCUUAUGUGGCCAAAGUCUCCGCCUUCUGGGAAGACCCUGAGUCAGGGGAGCUGAUGAUGAGCUUGUUUUGGUACUACCGCCCAGAACACACUCAGGGGGGUCGCAUUCCCAGCAUGCACUGUGAGAAUGAGAUUUUCGCGUCUCGGCAUCAGGAUGAAAAUAGUGUGGCAUGUAUUGAGGAUAAGUGCUAUGUGUUGACAUUAGCACAGUACUGUAGAUUUUGUGCCUUGGUGAAGUGUCAUGAGGAGGGCUUACCCAGACGUAGCCCCCUGGUCCCUCCCUCCGACUAUGUAAUUCCAGCUCAUCGUUGCGUGCCCAACGACAUCGAUCCUGACCUGGUGUUCGUCUGCCGCCACGUUUACGACUACCGCUACGGCCGUCUGCUGAAAAACCUGCAGUAGGUCUGGAUGGAGCCAUACACUGAAACCAGAAUCCAAAACGUUAUGACACAAUCAAAGUCCUAUCAACUGGACGGCCACAAGUCUUUAGGGAGUUGUUAUUGUUUUCCACUUUUUUUUUCCUUUAGGAUA